AUGGUAAACGAUGCCUUUGAUGCUACAGCUCGUGUGCUGCUGUCCGAAUUCGCUGGCAAACAAUUGCCACUGAUGCAACAGCUUGUGUGGCUGUCCGAAUUCGCUGGCAAACAAUGGCAAACGAUGCCUUUGAUGCUACAGUUCUCGUGUGCUGCUUUCGGAAUUCGCUGGCAAACGAUGGUAAACGAUGCCCUUUAUGCUACAGCUCGUGUGCUGCUGUCCGAAUUCGCUGGCAAACAAUGGCAAACGAUGCCGUUGAUGCUACAGUUCGUGAGUGGCUGUCCGAAUUCGCUGGCAAACGAUGGCAAACGAUGUCGUUGA